CCGGACGUGGGGCGGGAAACCCGGAAGCGGAGGCCGGCGCCUCCUCGGCGGCGGAUUCGAGGGUGUGUUUUGUCGGUAGCGGUUUCUGUGGCGCUGCAGGUGGCCCGCCAUGCCGUCGGAGGGUCGCUGCUGGGAAACUCUAAGGGCGCUGCGCAAUUCCAGCAAAGGCCGCCUGCCCUACCACCGCGAGUGGCUGGUGCACUACGAGGAUGUUUUGGAAGAAUGCACAACUCUUCCAAAACUAUCUUCUUACUCUGGAUGGGUGGUAGAUCACAUCCUACCCAACACCUCACCCCACACACAAGAGAACUCUCCUUCCUCUGAAUGUUCACCAUCCUCUGGAUCUACUUCAGGCCUGGACCAACCCUCACUCCUUAAGUCUCCUGUCAGAAGCACUCCAGAAUCCUCCUCACCUUCACCAAAUGGAACCAAGAUCACACAGGAGUGCCAGCGCACAGAACCUGUUGCGCUUCUGUCCUCCCGAGCGAUCAAAGUGGAAGGCUGCAUCCGAAUGUACGAAGUGGCACACAGACUGAGAGGGACAGAGGGCCUGAGGCAGUGGCAGGAGGAGCAGGAGAGGAAGGUGCGAGCCCUCUCAGAGAUGGCAUCUGAACAACUGAAGAGGUUUGAUGAGCUGAAGGAACUGAAGCUGCAUAAGGAAUUCCAGGACUUACAGGAAGUGAUGGAGAAGAGUACCAGAGAAGCCCUGGGCCACCAGGAGAAGCUAAAAGCUGAGCAUCGCCACAGAGCCAAGAUUCUCAACCUGAAGCUUCGAGAGGCAGAGCAACAGCGUGUGAAGCAGGCAGAGCAGGAGCAGCUUCGGAAGGAGGAAGGCCAGGUCCGUCUACGCAACCUGUACACCCUGCAAGAGGAGGUCCUUCAGCUUAACCAGCAACUGGAUGCCUCCAAUCAGCACAAGGAUCUGCUGAAUGUCGACCUGGCUGCCUUCCAGACCCGGGGCAACCAGCUGUGUAGCCUCAUCUCCGGGAUCAUUCGCACCACCUUGGAGAGUGGUUAUCCCACAGCAGAGAACCAAGCUGAGGCCGAGCGAACCGUGCAGGAAAUGCGGGACCUCCUCUCAAAUUUGGAGCAGGAGAUCACCAGAGCCUAUGAAGUCAAGAAGAAGCAGGAUGAAGAGGAGGCCCGGGUCAAGCUGCAAGAAUCAGAGGUGCAGCAGGGGCCAGGGGCUCCCACCCAACCCCCUGUGCCCAGCCCAGGCCCAGCAGGGACACAGAAUGAAGACCUGCAGGUGAAGGUACAAGACAGUACGAUGCAGUGGUAUCAGCAACUUCAGGAUGCGUCUGCCAAAUGUGUGUUGGCCUUUGAGGGCCUGACCAGCAGUAAGGACAGUCAGGCCAAAAAGAUAAAGAUGGACUUGCAGAAGGCAGCCACCAUCCCAGUGAGCCAGAUCUCUACCAUUGCAGGUUCAAAGCUGAAGGAGGUCUUUGAAAAGAUCCAUAGCCUGCUCUCUGGAAAGCCUGUUCAGUCUGGUGGGCGUUCUGUGUCUGUCACUCUUAACCCACAGGGACUGGACUUUGUCCAGUACAAACUGGCAGAGAAAUUUGUGAAACAAGGUGAGGAGGAAGUAGCCUCUCACCAUGAGGCAGCAUUCCCCAUUGCAGUGGUGGCAUCUGGUAUCUGGGAGCUCCACCCCAAAGUGGGAGACCUCAUCCUUGCUCAUCUCCACAAGAAGUGCCCCUACUCCGUUCCUUUCUACCCAGCUUUUAAGGAAGGGAUGGCUUGGGAAGACUACCAACGGAUGCUUGGCUACCAAGUGACGGGCUCGAAGGUGGAGCAACAGGACAACUUUCUGAAACGAAUGUCUGGGAUGAUCCGUCUGUAUGCUGCCAUCAUCCAGCUCCAGUGGCCCUAUGGAAACCGGCAAGAGGCUCAUCCUCAUGGCUUAAAUCAUGGCUGGCGCUGGUUGGCACAGAUCUUAAACAUGGAGCCUCUGUCGGAUGUGACAGCCACUCUCCUGUUUGACUUCUUGGAGGUGUGUGGGAACGCCCUCAUGAAGCAGUACCAGGUCCAGUUCUGGAAGAUGAUACUUCUCAUCAAAGAGGACUACUUUCCCAGAAUUGAAGCCAUCACAAGCUCAGGACAGAUGGGUUCUUUCAUACGUCUGAAGCAGUUCUUGGAGAAAUGUCUGCAACGCAGGGAGAUUCCUGUUCCCAAAGGCUUUCUGACCUCCUCCUUCUGGCGCUCCUGAUGUCCUCCGUCAUCAGUCAUCACAUCGUGUUGCAGGAGGGGCAACAAUAAGGCAACGGAGACAGCGGGUUUGGAAGAAAUCAUGUCAGAUUUAGAGCUUCGUCAGGGUGUUUUUAUAGAUCUCUGUACCAUGUGACUAAGAUUGUCAUAGUUCACAGCCUUUUGCCAGUCUCUUGUCAGAGUUGGUAGUUCCUGUAGGUGUCAUGGACAGAGCAACAGAGCUGGCCUUUCUUACUUUCAUAAGUUAUGGGAGAGGUAAGAAGGAGCAAUUGGCUGCAUCCUUUGUCUCUAGGAUCUUUCAGAAAGCUGGUGAUACUUUAUCUGUUUCCCUCUGACCUGGAGGAGCCGACCAUUUUCACUUUCACCCUCCACCCCAUCCCUUUUCAUACACAUACUUAGAAAGUCAACCUCUUAAGAUUCCCUUAAAGUAUCAUGUGAUGUUUGAGGCCAAUCUCUUCUGUGCAGCCUGGGUAUGAGGUAAAAUACUUUAUACUUUAUGGCUUGUAAACUACUUUUCUAUUCAGAGGACAUAUAUGAUGGAGGUAUGGAGUGAACCUCAGAGUGCAUCAAGUUAGCGGGUAUGUGGAUCAGGACUAGGAACAUGCAACUAUGGAGUGCUCUCCGUCUUCUUGAUCUGGAAUUUGGUCCCUGGAUAGCUGGGGAUGCUGUAUGAGAUCGGGUACCUUCUUGUUUUUCUCACAGAAAUGAAGAUGGGCUGAGAUAUGACUUGCAGUAUUAGGUGUGGGCCGAAGAUUAGCAGUGAAUGCAUUGGUCAUUAGGAGGAGCUGACUAUAUCAGAUGGAAGUUGGUAUUUGUUUUAGGAAUAGAUUGACUCUCUUUGUGUACUGCAGAGUGCCUUGUGUGGUGGGUGUUUAUUGGUUCUCUUGAAUGGCCUAAGCAUUUCAAUUGUUGACUACAGUGCCCCAAAAAGCAAUAAAGCUUGAAUUUUCAAAAAUC